AGCCAUGGGCGAGACCAAGAUCAUCUACCACCUGGACGGCCAGGAGACGCCGUACCUGGUGAAGCUGCCCCUGCCCGCCGAGCGCGUCACCUUGGCGGACUUUAAGGGCGUUCUGCAGCGGCCCAGCUAUAAGUUCUUCUUUAAGUCUAUGGACGACGAUUUUGGAGUGGUGAAGGAAGAAAUCUCGGAUGACAAUGCCAAGCUCCCCUGCUUCAAUGGCCGAGUGGUGUCCUGGCUGGUAUCUGCUGAGGGCUCGCACCCAGAGCCAGCCCCUUUCUGUGCUGACAACCCAUCAGAGCUGCCACCUUCAAUGGAACGCACAGGAGGCAUUGGGGACUCUCGACCCCCCUCCUUCCACCCUCAUGCUAGUGGGGGCAGCCAGGAGAACCUGGACAAUGACACAGAGACCGACUCCUUGGUAUCUGCCCAACGAGAGCGGCCCCGACGGAGGGAUGGCCCUGAGCACACAGCCCGGCUCAAUGGAACUGCAAAGGGCGAGCGGCGACGGGAGCCAGGUGGCUAUGACAGUUCAUCUGCUCUCAUGAGCAGCGAGCUGGAGACUACCAGUUUCUUUGAUUCAGAUGAGGAUGACUCCACCAGCAGGUUCAGCAGCUCCACGGAACAGAGCAGUGCUUCACGCCUAAUGAGAAGACACAAGCGGCGGCGACGGAAGCAGAAGGUCUCACGGAUUGAGCGGUCCUCCUCCUUCAGCAGCAUCACAGACUCCACUAUGUCUCUCAAUAUCAUCACAGUGACUCUCAACAUGGAAAAGUAUAACUUCUUGGGCAUCUCCAUUGUGGGCCAGAGCAAUGAGCGAGGUGACGGGGGCAUCUACAUCGGCUCCAUCAUGAAAGGUGGGGCUGUGGCAGCGGACGGACGCAUCGAGCCGGGAGAUAUGCUAUUGCAGGUCAAUGAGGUCAACUUCGAGAACAUGAGUAAUGAUGACGCAGUCCGAGUACUCCGGGAGAUCGUACACAAGCCAGGGCCCAUCACUCUGACUGUAGCCAAGUGCUGGGACCCAAGUCCUCGUGGCUGCUUCACAUUACCCCGGAGUGAGCCCAUCCGUCCCAUUGACCCUGCAGCCUGGGUCUCCCACACUGCAGCCAUGACAGGCACCUUCCCCGCCUAUGGCAUGAGCCCCUCCCUAAGCACCAUCACCUCCACCAGCUCCUCUAUCACCAGCUCCAUCCCCGAUACAGAACGCCUAGAUGAUUUCCACCUCUCCAUCCACAGUGACAUGGCAGCCAUCGUCAAAGCCAUGGCCUCCCCUGAGUCAGGGUUGGAGGUCCGAGACCGCAUGUGGCUCAAGAUUACCAUUCCCAAUGCUUUUAUCGGCUCAGAUGUGGUAGACUGGCUGUACCACAACGUGGAAGGGUUCACCGACCGACGAGAGGCCCGCAAGUAUGCUAGCAACCUGCUGAAAGCUGGUUUCAUCCGCCAUACUGUCAACAAGAUCACAUUCUCCGAGCAGUGCUACUACAUCUUUGGUGACCUCUGUGGCAACAUGGCCAACCUAUCGCUUCACGACCAUGAUGGUUCCAGUGGCGCCUCUGACCAGGACACACUGGCUCCUUUGCCGCACCCAGGGGCUGCCCCCUGGCCUAUGGCUUUCCCUUACCAGUACCCACCACCUCCGCAUCCCUACAACCCACACCCAGGUUUCCCAGAGCUGGGCUACAGCUAUGGUGGGGGCAGCGCCAGCAGUCAGCACAGUGAAGGCAGUCGGAGCAGUGGCUCCAACCGAAGUGGCAGCGACCGGCGCAAGGAGAAGGACCCAAAAGCUGGGGACUCCAAGUCAGGUGGUAGCGGCAGCGAGUCAGAUCACACUACACGAAGCAGUCUGCGAGCCCCACGGGAGCGGGCACCGAGCGAGCGCUCAGGCCCAGCAGCCAGCGAGCACAGCCACCGCAGUCACCAUUCUCUGACCAGCAGCCUGCGCAGCCACCACACACACCCGAGCUAUGGCCCACCUGGAGUGCCCCCUCUCUAUGGUCCCCCGAUGCUGAUGAUGACCCCACCACCUGCUGCCAUGGGGCCCCCAGGAGCCCCUCCAGGGCGCGACCUGGCCUCGGUGCCCCCGGAACUGACGGCCAGCAGACAGUCCUUCCGCAUGGCAAUGGGAAACCCCAGUGAGUUCUUUGUGGAUGUGAUGUGAUCUGGGCCCCUCUCUAGCUCUCACCCCUCAGCCGGCUACACCCCCAUCUCCAUCAGUCGGCUUUUUUUUUUUUUUAAACUUUGGUACCUGAAAGGGAAAUAAAUGGAACUAACUGCUACUGCUUGCUGGUAGCAGCAGGGAUGAGGGGUCUCUUCAUUACUCAUCCAUGCCAUGGCCCCUAGCCUGCCUCUAGCCCAGCUGGUGCCUCUGGCCACCAACCAGCCCCCAUUCCAUCCAGUUCUGAGCUUCCCAGGAGUUUUUCAUGUCCCUGGCUCUGCACUGCUGGUCUUAAUUCCUGAUGCUCCACUCGCACAUUUAAGAGCUGACCCCAGGGGUACCACACCUUAUACCCACCUUUCCCCCCCUCGGUACCCUUUUGCCCACCUCCUUAAGCAUGUGUACAGAGAUCUUGAUACUGUUCCACCAUACUGACACCAAAAAAAAGGUCUUUCCCUUCCUAACUGUCCUGCCCGCUGCUUCAGACCUUCACCCUACAGCUGUAGCCCCUGUAGUAGGGCAUCUGUGCUGUCCCCGCUUGGACCCAGCCCCAAUCAGAAGCUCAGAGAGCCCCCCCCCUCAGGUGCCAGGGCCACUAGUGGCUCUCAGGGACUAUUCCUGUUGGGCCUGGCCCCCAUCCAUGCUUGUCCUGUGUGCUGGAUCCCUGGGAUCUAACCCUACUAACCAAUAGGCUCAUCUAACUUCUGAGCCUGAAACAGUUUUCUUCUUUUUUCUUUCUUCAAAUUUCCCUGGGCCUGGAGCAGCCAAGAAUUUCGGGCUUUUUGACUUUCUGUGAGUCCCCAGAAAAGGGACUCCAAGGAGACCAGGAACUCUGCUUCAGCAGCCCCUCAGGGCUUCCCAAGGAUGUCCAACCCCACACCCGCACUGUAAGGUCACUAGGCUUCUGGGAAGGACCUCUGCUUCCCCCAUGCCUAACAGACACUGUUCUUUUCAGAGAGAAGUAGAGAAGUUUGCUUCCCUCCGCUUCAUACACAUGUGAGUCUCAAUCUCUCUCUCUCUCUCUCUCUCUCUCUCUCUCUCUCUCUCUCUCACACACACACACACACUCUCACACACACACACACACACACACACACACACACACACCCUAUGCAAGUUUACAUAAGCCUCAGGGCUGGUCCCUGACUAGAGGGCUGGACCCUUUUUCCAAGUCAUCUCCUAGAUAGUGGGGCUGGUCCCUGACUGCCCUCUCCUCUCCCCUUCCUGCUAGCCCUUUAGCUUCCCAUAAUAUUCCCAAUAUCUUUAUACUUGGAUAAAGCCCCAAAGCUGGGGCUCCACAGAGGCUGUCCAGGUAACUGACAGGUCACUCUGUACCUCCCUCUUUCUCCCACAUAUCCCUAUCCUCUUCUCUGCUCAUCUUCACCAUGACCUGGGUGCACAGGCCAGUGAAGCUGUACACCAGACAACUGGGACUCCAAACAGUGCCAGUUAUCUUUAAUUGUUUUCUACCUUAAAAUCAUAAUUGUCUCUUUAAAACUUUGUUGUAAACAUUCUGACUUAUCCAGACUCUUACAUUUUCAGGGCAAGGGUGUCAGCUGGGGACAUAGCUCUGUAGUGUUGGCCUAGCAUGCCCCAGGAAAUGUCUCCCCCAUCAAGAUGUCCUUAGCCCAGGUUUGGGGGCAACCUGAGGAGGGAUAUUUUGACAUUCAUUCAUUUAACAUAUUUCCUGGGAUUUUAAUGAACAAAGGGCUAUGUUAGAGGCAUGACUCCAUCUUAGCUGUCAUUGGUUCUCUCUGACUCUACUUCUUCCUGUUCUCUUGAGAAUCCCUUGCCAAUGCUCACUCAUGCGCUGGAUGCCAACCUGCCUCGGCUCACAUCUCUUUUUUUCCCCAUCCCCCAUAGUGUCAGCCACUUUCUUCUUAAUUGCUGUUGAUAUGCUGGCCACUUCUAAAUCUGGAUCUCCAACCUCAGCUUCCCCCUCUCUUUAGAUCUGUUUUUAUCACCCACUGGACAUCUCCCCAGGCAUGUCCAUAUGUCCCCAGCCAAGUAUUCUUCCUCUUGACUUCCUGUCCUGGUGACCUUGGUUACAAGCUACACCUACAUGGUAUUAGUCAGCAUCUCACACCCUUCUGCUCUGACACUUUCUGAAGCUCAGCUGUUCCUCUCCCUUUCUUAAUUUACAGAGCAUGGGAUUUGGAGUCAGGUUGGUUUGGGCUUGAAUUCCAGCUCUAUCAUUUUUGGUUGUGUAAUAGAGUUAUUUAACCUCUCUGGAGCCUGAGUCCUCCCACAUGUAAAAUGAUGAUAAUAAUACCUACCUCACAGGGUUGUUGUGAGGAUUUAAAUUAGAUAUUGUACGAAAAGUGCCUAGCACAGUGCCUGGCACACAAUAGAGUAGGUGCUCAAUAAAUGGUAGCUAUUGUUACUAUUA